UUGUUUUAUAUGUGCUAAAGCCGCAUUGCAGCGUUAUUUUAUAUUUGCUAGCGUUAUAUUAAUCUUUUCUAAUAAGUAGUUUGAUUGUAUUUGUCGCGUAUCUGCCGAUCUUGCUGCUCUUGUUCGCGACCGCUUGCUUCGUUCAUCCCUAGCGCGGAUUUCUCGGAUUUGUCAAUAUAUAUACUGCUCACUAGAAGGUAGCCUUCUUUCGUGUGUGAAAAAAAGCUCAGAUUUAUUUUCUCGCAGUUUCAUCUUCUUUUCUUUUUCUCAGUGUUAUUUUAGAUUGUACUGCUUGCGAAAUGACACGUGUUUUGGUUGCCGGCGACUCGAUGGUGAAAUACUUGGACCAGUAUUUCCUAUCGCGUCGUCCUUUGUCAGUCAGUGUUGCCGCGCAUAGAGGAAUAAAGAUUGAGAAUUUGCUCUCAAUGAUUGCUGACAAGCUAGCUGGUUUUGAUGUUGUCAUCGUGCACGUUGGCACUAACAACACUGAUGACAGUGUCAGCGUGUGCAUCGACAAGUAUCGCCAGCUCGCUCAGGGGAUCAUUGAAAGGAAUUCCAUGGUGCAUGUAGCUUUUUCUGCCAUUCUUCCUCGGGGGCAGAAUGAGUACCGCCCACGGAAAGAUCGGUACUCUUUGUUGAAUGACAACUACAAAAAGGUUAAUGCUGCCCUGAUGCAGUACUGCCACGAGUGGGGCUUCACUUUCCUGGGUGGUCUCGUGAACGACUGGCCCAGCUACCUGAGCAAGGAUGGUGUCCACGCGAACCGCUUUGGUAACAAGGUGCUGGCAGACUACCUGUACCAGGAGGCCUGCACCUUGUCCAUCCAUCUGGAGAGAUGCCGCAUCCAGCAGUGCUACAAGGAGACCCAGGCACCUUCUUCAUGGACCGGCCGGACUCGGCAGGACAGCAUCCCUGCCAUCUCAGAGGCUGACUUUCCCCCACUUGGUUUGCAUAUUUUCAUUUCUUCUCAAGCAGCAAGUGGACCUUCCACAGCACCAGCUCCUGUCUGGAAAGCCAGCACUGCUCCCUUGCAGAGGCACGAUACCAACCAGCCGACCAGAACCCUUCAAGGUGCUGGCUUUUCACUUGUUGGCGGUGUCCGUGUCCGUUGCAAGGGUAGCAAGGCUUGGUGGACCUGGGACAGCCUGCCUUCCCCCAUUUUCCAUGGCACAAGUGUACCAAGCAGGGGAAAAGCCGAGGGGAGGUCUGAUGAGCCAAUGAUCCCUGGUCGAGGUGCAAGCACCACUUGUGUCAGGAGAACUAGGAGAGCCACACAGAAGCAUGAGAGUGCUUCUGUUGUGUGCUCUUCUGUGGGAGAAGGAGAGGCCAGUGCUCGAGAAGCAGCUGUGCCAGAGGCUGUCUCCCAGUGUGGUGACAGUGAGUGGAAGCUGGUAGUAUCGAAGAGACGGCGGCGGAAGGCUGCGGCACUGCACAAGCGAGAGUGGAGCUGUGACCUGGCUGCAGACAGGGAAGGCAAAGUUCUCGCUGUGACAGCUGCCAAGUUCUUCAAGUUCGUUUCACCUUUGACAGCAGUUGUAAGCCAGAAACAGACGUGCAUUGACAGUGGAAGGUCUGAGUCUGCUUCUUCUACUGUCUCUGGUAGCAAGCUUGAAGGACAAGCUGUUGCCUCUCGGAAUGCCUUUUGUGACAGUUCUAGCAAGGUGCAGCAUGUGGCUAGCAGGCAGAAUAAAGACUGCUUGGUAGUUGCUACGGCUGAGUGCAGACCUGUCAUAAAUAGUGCUCCAAAUGAGGUCACUGUCUGCAAAUGCUGUAGGCCAGGAACAAUGAAGGAUGGAGGGCAGAUCACGAGCAAUCCUGGCACAGAGGCUGGUGACCUUAACAAAGCUGGGUGCAUUGCUUCCACGCGACAUAGGUGUUGUGAGGCUGCUUUGACAUCCAGCUGCAGGCCUGCCAGCUCUGAUGCCCAGGCUGUUUGUGAAGGUGCCGGUGCCAACACCAGAGUUCCUAAUCCUGUGAAUGUAUUGCAUGGUGGAGGAGGCAAAGUUUACUUGAAUGCAACAUUUGAUAACUUUAUUUCUUUUAGGCAAAGCUUUGAUGAGUGGUGCAGAGAGGGCAAGCACAUAGUCACAAUAAAUAAGUCUCAAAAAAGUCCAUUUGCAACAGAAUCUAAAGAGUUUGAGUAUAUUAGGAUUUCAUAUUGCUGUGUUCAUGGUCGUCCCAUAAAACCAAAAGGCACAGGAAAGCGACCCAAGCAAGCAUACAAUGGUACUGGUUGUGAAAUGGCAGUAUCGGUGAGCUUGUGGAAAUCGCCUACUCUGCACUAUAAGAUAAUCAAGCUGCAAACUAAGCAUAAUCACACAACGAAUUAUUAUGACUUGUAUCCUCAUAGCAGGCUUCUGAACGAUGCAGAGAAGGCAGAAUUCUUUGAUUUUGCCAAAUGUAAUAUUGGCCCAAAGCAUUUUAAAAAUUUGGUCGAACAGAAAACAGGCAAGAAGUUAACUACGAAAGAUGUUAACAAUUACAAGCAAAGGUUUUCUAUUCCUAUUCGCAACGAGCAGGCUCACGGAGAAAUGGUUUUAGAAAAAAUACACACCUUGUUAGCAAAUAAUCCAAACUGGGUCAUUCACUAUGAAAAAAAUCAAAAUAAUAACCUGCAAUUUGUGCUGCUUCAGGCAACGCACAUGCGUGAGAUUUUGGAAAAGUAUCCAGAAAUUUUAUUUAUUGAUGGAACAUAUAAAGUAAAUAUUGAAGGCUAUAUCUUGUACUCUAUUUUGAUUGAAGACGGUGGAGGUCGCGGGAGACCUGUGUGCUAUGCCUUUUUACGAAAUGAAACGACUGAAAUUGUGCAGGCUAUGUUUGCCAAGUUCGCAGAUUUUAACCCGUUUGUUGUGUCGGCUUGCAGAGUAGUCAUGAUAGAUAAAGAUAUGAAUGAGCUACGCAUUUUGACCAAGAUUCUUCCUAAUUCUGAAAUUUUGUUGUGUACAUGGCAUGUGCUGCACUGCUUUCAGCAAAAGGUAAAUGAGAAAGCUAGACUCCAGCGUGAUCAGUUACUUCCUCUCCUAAAAAAAAUUGUUUAUUCCUUCACGGUACAGGACUACUUAGACAGGCUUGCUGAGCUCGAAGCUAUGGCUUCUAAAGAUUUUAUUUCUUAUUACAUGCAGAACUGGCACUCCUGUAAAGAAAUGUGGGUACAUGCAUAUCGGCAAAAACUGCCUACAUUUGGUAAUAACACAAAUAAUCGCAUUGAGUCUCACAAUCAAAAGAUUAAAAGUUAUCUCACUUCAAGCAUGCAUUUGGUUCAAGCCAUAGAAGCAUUAGUAAGUUAUAUUGACACGGAUUUCUUAUCUCUAAAAUUUUCCAAGUUUAAGGAAAUGAAGCUGAACCUAAAUAUAAAUGAUGCCAUUGAGCCAUUUCAGCUAGCCUUGUCCCGUAAUUGUACUUCUGAGGCCACAGGUAAAGUACUAGAGCAGUAUGAACGGUUUAAAAAGGUAGAUUAUCUGGUCACGUCCACCACUAAUUCUUAUGUAGUGGCAUCUGCAAGUUCUGAGCACAGUGUUUCAUUAUGCCUGACGCGUUGCAUGUGUGCUUUUUAUAAUCAGUACAGUUUGCCUUGUGCCCACAUUUUAGCAGCUCGCCAUUUUGCCCAGCAAGACCUUUUCGACAAAGCAUGCAUACCGGACAGGUGGUGCAAGGAUCAUUUCCUGAGCGACAGCUGCAUGGCCUCUGGUGCCACACCAGUAGUGACAAGCAGCAUUCAGAUGCCACCAUCUGUGAAGCUGGACACUGUACAAGAAAAAUGUACCACCUGCGUGCAUUCACUACCAUCAAGUCAUCAGGAACGCGUGCACCUCUAUGUGAAUUGUACGCUAUUUUGUCUAAGAUGAAAAAUCAGACUUGUAUAGUUUGCUGUAAUGGUUCUGCCAAUAAAAGUUUGGU